AGGGCCUUGGGUCAGUCGGGUGCGCGCGGUCGGCAGUGGUGGAGUGGCGCGGUCCAGGCGCCGGAAUGUGGCCGCGGUGGUGUGGCGCACGAUGAGAGCAGGUUGGCUCGGCUAGUGGCGUGCGCGCCAGUGCGAACAGUGUGCAGUGAUGGUGAUGCGAGGAGGCGGCGGCGGCGGGCCGACGCCGGCCGCGGACGCUGAAAAGGCGCCGGGCGAGCGGCCCGCGUACAGUCGCGACUUCCUGCUGCGGCCCAGCUGGAUUGACGCCAGGGUGGCGCUGCAGCAGAUCGCCAAGGGGAAGGCCAGUGGCAGCCGAGCGGCCCUGUGGGUGCGCUCGCGGACUCAGUUCUACCUGUUCCACACGGGCCGGCUGGUGCAAAGCCAUGCCGGCAAGAUAAUGUUCGCCGGCAUCCUGCUGCUGGCCAUGUUGUGUAUAGGACUGAAAAAUAUCGAGCUGCAGACGGACAUGGAGGACCUCUGGGUGGAAGAGGGCGGCCGGUUGCAGCGCGAACUGGAGUAUGUGCGGAGCAGUCUGGGCGAGGGCGCCGGCUCUCUCCAUCAAAUAGUAGUACAAACGCCGCGCGAGGACGACUCGUCCGUACUGCGCGCGGAGGCCCUCCUGGCCCACUACGAGGCAGUCAAAGCCGCUAGUCAAGUCUCUGUAGACAUGCAUGAUAUAACGUGGAGAUUACGCGAUUUGUGUUAUGCGCCCGGUUUUCCUGUGUACGAAGAGCAUCUUAUAGAUCAAAUAAUGAAGAAACUCAUCCCAUGUUCCUUUGUGACGCCGUUGGACUGUUUUUGGGAAGGCUCCAAGUUGCUGGGGCCGGAGUUCCCUGUGCAUAUGCCAAAAAUGUCCAGCGAAAUUCGGUGGACCAAUUUGGACCCGGAGCAGCUGCUCAGCUAUAUGAACAGCACGUUCGGGUCCGAGUUCCAGUUUGACACGCUGCAAAAGUACAUGAAGCGGGCGGGCAUCACGAACGGCUACCAGCGCCGGCCGUGCCUCAACACCAGCGACCCUGAGUGUCCCGAGACGGCCUCAAACCGGGCGUCGGGAGCGCGCCUGGACAUCGGCGCGGAGCUGACUGGAGGCUGCUACGGGUUCGCCACCAAGCACAUGCACUGGCCCGAGCAGCUGAUCGUCGGUGGGACGGAGAAGAACCGGACCGGACAUAUCGUCAGGGCCAAGGCUCUGCAGACCGUUAUCCAGCUGAUGGGAGAACGCAACCUGUACGAGUACUGGGCAGACACCUACAAGACGCACAGCAUGGACUGGAGCCUCGCGACGGCCAAGGCCAUUCUGGACGCCUGGCAGCUCAAGUUCACACAGGAGAUUCAGCGGCACACGGGCCAGCACAACCGCACCCGGCCGUUCAGCAUCUCAUCGUUCUCGAUGGCCUCACUCAACAGCAUCCUGCGCCACUUUGCCGACCUUGACCUGACCCGGGUCGGCAUCGGAUACGGCCUUAUGCUGGUGUACGGGUUCUUUUCGCUGGUGCGCUGGUCGGACCCGGUCCGGUCCCAGGGCGGGCUCGGUGCGGCAGGAGUCCUGCUCGUCACCCUCUCCGUCACCGCCGGACUCGGACUCUGCGGACUCAUUGGAAUCCCGUUCAACGCCUCGACCACGCAGAUCAUUCCGUUCCUGGCACUCGGGCUGGGCGUGGAUGACAUGUUCUUGAUGGCCCACACGUACUCCGAGUCGGACCUGAGCUGCACGCCCGUCCAGGAUCGAGUGGGCGAGGUGCUGCGUCGAGCCGGUGUCAGCGUGCUCCUCACAUCGCUCUGCAAUGUGAUGGCGUUCCUGUCGGCGGCCAUACUGCCCAUUCCGGCGCUGAGGUCCUUCUCACUCCAGGCGUGCAUCCUGGUGGUCUUCAACGUGCUCUCCAUCCUGCUCAUCUUCCCGGCCAUGAUGAGCGUGGACCUGCGGCGGCGGCGCGCCCGGAUGUUUGACAUCGUCUGCUGCUGGGCGGAGCCCGGACCAGAGGAGGGACACGCAGAGCCACUGGAGUCGUUCUCCACGCAGACGCAGCAGCCGACGAAGCGGGCGACUGUGGCGAAGGCGAGCCGCACCGGGGAGGUCACGACGUUCGUCAGUCACGGCCCCGAGCUGGACGUCGGAGCGGGCGGUGACUCGGCCCCGCAGCCGCAUCUGACUCGCUCCGUGGAGUCACUCGACUCGGUGGCGUCGACUCGGACUCUGGUGCGCGCGGACGAACGGCGGCCGACGACGGGCGCGGUGUUUUGUCCGGAGGGCCGCCGCCACUGCCGCCGGCUGGGCCUACAGUGGCUCGUGGAGCGACACUACCUCGACUGGCUGCCGCGGCGGCCGUUCAAGCUGGCCGUGUUGCUGGCCUCGCUGGCGGCAGCUGCUGCCGGUGUCUGGGGCGCCUGCCAGGUGCAGGACGGCCUCGACCUCACCGACAUGGUACCCCGUCACUCGGACGAGUACACCUUCCUGGACGCGCAGCGGCGCUACUUUGGCUUCUUCAACAUGUUCGCCGUCACGCAGGGCAACUUCGAGUACCCGACCAACCAGCAGCUGCUGCACGAGUACCACCAGGCGUUCACGCGAGUGCCGCGAGUCAUCAAGAACGACGACGGAGGCUUGCCCGACUUCUGGUUGGGAAUGUUCCGGGACUGGCUGCUAGAUCUGCAGAAGGCUUUCGACCACGACUGGGCCCUCGGUCUGAUCGACCAAGAGCAGUGGUCUCGAAACGCCUCCGAAGAGGGCAUCCUGGCUUACAAACUGCUCGUCCAGACGGGCCGCGUCGAGUACCCAAUCGACAAGUCGCAGCUGCCGCACGUCCGGCUGGUGGAGGACGGCAUCAUCAACCCCAAGGCGUUCUACAACUACCUGACGGCGUGGGCGUCCAACGACGCGCUGGCCUACACGUCCAGCCAAGCCCAGCUGCGACCAGAGCCCAAACAGUGGCUGCAUGUCGCCAGCGACGUGGAGCUGAAGAUCCCCAAGUCUCAGCCGCUGGUGUACGCCCAGCUGCCGUUCUACCUCAACGGGAUGGCCACCACGGAGUCGAUCGUGGAGACGAUCGAGCAGGUGCGCUCCAUCUGCCGCCGGUUCGAGGAGCGCGGCCUGCCCAACUUCCCGGCCGGCGUUCCGUUCACCUUCUGGGAGCAGUAUGUGGGCCUGCGCUUCUUCUUGGGCCUGGCGCUGCUCUGUGUGUUCGUGGCCGUGUUCCUGGUGAUAUCGGUGGUGCUGAUGAACGCCUGGGCCGCCGGACUGGUGGUACUGGUGAUCGGACUGACGGUGCUCCAGCUGUUCGGCGUCAUGGGCCUGCUCGGACUGAGGCUGAGCGCCGUGCCUGCAGUGAUACUCAUCAUGUCAGUGGGCAUCGGCGUCGAGUUCACCGUCCACAUCCUGCUGGGGUAUCUGACCAGCCUGGGCAGCCGAACAAUGCGCGUGCAGCGUAGUCUGGAGCACAUGUUCCGGCCUGUGUUCCAUGGCGCCUUCUCGACGUUUCUCGGCGUGCUCAUGCUCGCCUUCUCCGAGUUCGACUUCAUUAUAAGGUAUUUCUUCUGCGUGCUGGCGGCGCUGGUGGUGCUCGGUCUGGUGAACGGCCUGGUGCUGCUGCCAGUACUGCUCUGCUGGAUCGGCCCACCGGCCGAGGUCCGGCCCACCGGCGAGGCCGACGUGCUGCCAGCUCCCAGCCCCGAGCCGUCGCCGCCGCGGGUGCGCGGGCCGCGCGUCUACCGCUCCUCGUCGCUCACCAAGCAGCCGACCAAGAAGUUGAAGCCGGCGCCGAGCCAGCUCAGUCUGAGCACCAUCACCGAGGAGUCGUCCGGCUCGCAGUCGGGCACCUCGUGCCGCCAGGAGGCGCGCACGCACGACAUCGUCGUCGAGCCGCAGGUGGUGGUCGAGACGUCGUACCCGCCGGGCGGCGGUGAGCGCCGACCGGCCGGCUCCGACGGCGCCCUCAUCACCACAAAGGUGACGGCCACCACGCACGUCAAGGUGGAGGUGCACGCGCCCGUCACGUGCGCCGACGCGCGCCGACCGCGCCGGCGCCGCGAAGCUGCCGAUUCGGACAGUUCAAACAGCUCUCAGAGUUCAAGCUAGCCGAUAUUACGUGGCCCGUCGCGCUGCGCGGCCGCGAGCAGUCAGCCAAACAGUAUUCCGCCGGGGCGACCGGCCCGUUCAAAGGCUCACUCCUCUCUGGAAACGUACCUCCCGUUUGUUAUUUAUUAGUGUUGCUCGUUAUUUAUUGUGUGCGGUGCCGCCGGUGGCCCGCGGUGCCCUCAAUGUGUUGUUGUGUUGCCGCGCCCUCGGCCGCUCGGCCACACAGCUCGUCGCCUCGCCAAAUCCUGUGUCGGUGUAUGCGUGUGCCUGUUAAGUGUGUACAUAUACGUGAGAUGCUGUACAGAUGUAUUGGACACGAUUUUUGUACGCAAAUACAGAGUUAUCAUGACGUGCA